CCUACUCUGUGUCCGCCUCCUCCCGGCUUCGGCCGGGGACUCGGUUCCAGCCCCUUUACGAAUCUGGAGGCGCAAUGGCGACGGCACUGGCGCUGGCCCUCUCGGCCACCGCCGCUUCUCCGUCACCUCCCACGGAAGAAGCUCCCCCAGGACUAGAAGAGCGGGAAGAUGGGGUGGAGAGCGAGGCGCGGUGCGAGGCCAGCAGUGCUGAGUCUCUAGACAGACUUCUUCCUCCUGUGGGCACAGGUCGGUCACCAAGGAAACGGACCACUAGCCAGUGUAAAUCGGAGCCACCUCUAUUGCGGACCAGCAAAAGGACGAUCUACACAGCUGGGCGGCCUCCUUGGUACAAUGAACAUGGGACGCAGUCAAAGGAAGCUUUUGUCAUUGGCCUGGGUGGAGGUAGUGCCUCUGGGAAAACCACUGUGGCCAGAAUGAUUAUUGAAGCUUUGGAUGUCCCGUGGGUAGUCCUGCUGUCUAUGGAUUCCUUCUACAAGGUGCUCACCAAGCAGCAGCAGGAGCAGGCAGCCAGCAACGACUUCAACUUUGACCACCCCGAUGCCUUCGACUUUGACCUCAUCGUUUGUACGCUUAAGAAGCUGAAACAGGGAAAGAGUGUGAAGAUCCCUAUCUAUGACUUUACCACGCACAGCCGGAAAAAGGACUGGAAAACUCUGUAUGGGGCCAAUGUGAUCAUCUUUGAGGGAAUCAUGGCGUUUGCAGACAAGCAGCUCUUAGAGCUGUUAGAUAUGAAGAUCUUUGUGGACACAGACUCGGACAUCCGCCUGGUGCGACGGCUUCGAAGAGAUAUCAGUGAGAGGGGCCGGGACAUCGAGGGGGUCAUCAAGCAGUACAACAAGUUUGUCAAACCAGCCUUUGACCAGUACAUCCAGCCCACCAUGAGGCUUGCAGACAUUGUGGUUCCCCGAGGGAGUGGAAAUACCGUGGCCAUUGAUCUGAUUGUUCAGCAUGUCCACAGCCAGCUGGAAGAGAGGAAGCUUCGCUGGGAUAUGGCAGCAUUGGCCUCAGCCCACCAGUGCCACCCUCUCCCCAGGACCCUUAGUGUGCUGAAGAGUACCCCCCAAGUGAGGGGGAUGCAUACCAUCAUCAGGGAUAAGGAGACCAGUCGGGAUGAGUUUAUCUUCUAUUCAAAGCGACUAAUGAGGCUUCUCAUUGAGCACGCCCUCUCCUUCCUGCCCUUUCAGGGCUGCACAGUCCAGACACCUCAGGGGCAGGACUAUGAAGGAAAAACUUACGCUGGGAAGCAGAUCACAGGGGUAUCCAUCCUAAGGGCUGGGGAGACCAUGGAACCAGCUCUGCGGGCUGUGUGCAAAGAUGUCCGGAUUGGCACCAUCCUCAUCCAGACCAACCAACUCACUGGCGAGCCAGAGCUGCACUACCUUCGGCUCCCCAAGGAUAUCAGCCAGGACCAUGUAAUCCUGAUGGAUUGCACAGUGUCCACCGGUGCGGCAGCCAUGAUGGCAGUGAGAGUGUUGUUGGAUCAUGAUGUUCCAGAAGACAAAAUCUUCCUGCUCUCAUUGCUUAUGGCCGAGAUGGGUGUCCACUCUGUGGCCUAUGCCUUCCCUCAGGUGAAGAUCAUCACCACAGCUGUGGAUAAGAAGGUGAAUGACCUUUUCCGCAUCAUCCCUGGCAUUGGAAACUUUGGAGACCGCUACUUUGGGACAGAUGCCCCGCCUGACUGGAGUGAUGAGGAAGAACUGGUGGGGACUUAGCACCCACAGCCUGCCGAGGGAAUCCUUGCUUUGUCUCACCAUUCCCCUCCUCUUCCCGGACAAGCCUUCCAGGGCCUGCGAAACAGGGCUGGGUGGGCAGGGCUGUGGAAGGGCGGAGAUUCACGGGCUCCUAGGCUGUCAGUGGAGGGAAAAGAGAUUAAUUUAUUUUGAUUUAGCUUUGCCAAUAUAAUUUAUUCCAAAAGUUUUAUUAAAAAAUGAAAUAAAAAUGUUAGCCAAAUUGAAGUUACUAGUAGAAUCAGAACACUGGACUCCAGACACUCUAACCCCAGUUUUGAGCCUUAAAGCAGAAGAAGGGGCCAGGCCAUGCAAAGGACCAAACGCCCUCCCACCUAGUGCACCAGCCUAGCCACGGCUCGGCCUGGGAGCCCAGAGGAAUCUGGAAGAGGAAGAGAGAAGAAGGGUCUGUCCAGGCUUCAGGCUGACAUGGGUCAGGAGCCGCUGCUUUACAACAGGUGGCGUUACCUGACCGGCAUGACACCAUUGCCUGUCCUGCCCAGGGCAGGAGGGAGCAGGGCAUACACCACCCAUCCUGUAUAGAGUUCAAGCCUCAGCAGCCCCCUAAUGCCUGGUACACUAAAAGCCUCCGUCUUCCU